AUGAAAUUUUCCAAUUAUUCCAUACCAACCGCUAAAUGGUAUUAUCCGACAUCAACAACAUACAAACCAACUCGAAGUAAUGAACAAACAGUAGCCGAUUAUUCAUAUUGUACUCACCAUCCAUCGAUAUUGUCAAUGAAAUCUCUUAAGAUAUUUAGCCGUUUUAUUAGUCAUCAUAAUCAUUUAGCCGAUGAUGAUACUUAUCAACUACACGAUAAACAAUUAAAUCGAAAUUUAGAACGACGUGGUUUCAUUCGUUUACCCGUUAGAGGUGAUGGUAAUUGUUUAUUUUAUGCUUUAGCUGAAGGUAUCCUCCAUGAAAUGCAUGUUGACAAAGAUUUUGAUUAUCGUAUUCAAACAUUAAUGAAUUUCACACAUAAGAGAACCAUAGCACAUAUCGCCAGUCUUCUACGACAAUUAUGUGUUGAUCAGUGGAAAAAAAAUCAACAAUUUUACAGCAAUUUUAUCGAUCAAAAAGUAACAUUUCUAAAAGAAGUCAAAAAAUUUUCUAAAAACGGCGUAUCUGAAUCAAUAUUAGGUGACAUCGUACCGUUGACUAUUUGUAACGCUUUAAAUAUUCAUGUGACUAUUUUCACAUCAGUAUCCGACUUGCCAUUAAUUGAAGUUAAAUCUGAUUCAAUAUUUGGUGAAGGUAUAAAAACUAUCUAUUUAGCUUAUAAUCAAAAUGGUGCAGGACAUUACGAUGCCGCUUAUCGUUAUGCUUAA